AUGAGAAAAUUAGCAAAUGGAUUGAAUUGUGCUGUAAAAUCUUCUUCACCACAAACAAUCAUGAUGAGUGGUAACAAGAGGAGUCUUUAUUCAAUUAUCCUUGGAGGAGGGUUGAAGAACAAAUCAAUGAUGAAUCAACACAGUUUCGGAAAGAUUGGAUUUAAUGUAAUGAUGAUGAAUAAUUAUUCGACGUCGUCGUCGAGUACUUCCACCACUCCAUUGUUUUCUCCCAGAUAUAAUGUUGUAGUUUUGGAUAUUGAAGGUACAUCAACCAAUACCAGUUAUUGCAGAAUGAUUGAAGUUGCUUGUGCAAGAAUUGUCGAUGGUACAUCAAUCAGUUCAUUUACCAGUUUGGUUAAUGCUGAUAUCGAUUAUAUACCAGAACCAGUUCAAGAAAUUACAAAGAUUACAAAAGCCAUGAUUGACCUUUCACCUCCUCCCCAAAUAGUUCUUUCACAAUUAUAUAAUUUUUUGAGUUCACAACCAUCCCUUGUAGUUGGGCAUAAUGUUAGAUUUGAUGCUAGUGUGAUUUACAAUGAAUUUGUGAGAUAUAAGAUUAUCAAUAAUGAAGUUCACAAACCUGACGACUUUAUAUCACAUUCACUCUUUACAAACACACUCUGUACCCUAAAGCUUGCAAGAAGAUUAUUUCAAGGUCAACCAGAUUACAAGUUGGGUAACUUGGUAGAAAACCUUGGUUUGGGUAGGUCUAUUAAUGCCCAUAGAGCUCAUGCCGAUGUAUCCAUGACAACUCUAUUGUGGAGAAGAAUCUAUCGUGAAUCAUUUGAACGAUUGGGGGGAGAAAUAUAUCCAGAUCAUGAAUUUUUCCUCAAACUUCAAGAAACACCAGCUAAGGAUGUAAGGAAAUUUAUUGAAAUGUACAAGAUGGAAAAGACUUAUGGAAAUUAG